AUGGUUGCCGUUACAACAGACUACAUAAGUGUGGGGGGUAACCGACAUCCCGGUGCUGCGGAUUGGGAUGUGCAGACAGGCGUGCUCGCCUUCGGUGCGGACAACAAUGUCGCCCUAUGGGAUGCUCUAGACAAGACCGAUAAGGGUAUAUAUGCUUUGCUUGUUGGCCACACGGACAAAGUCAGCGCGGUCCGAUUCUAUACAUGCCCCACGUCAGGAACGAGAUUCAUCGUCACCGGUUCCGUCGACCGCACACUAAAAGUUUGGCGCCAAGAUGGUACCGAUCCUCGCAGCUAUGUCCUUGCAUCUACACUCGAGGGCCAUAGGGGAUCAGUGAACGCAAUUGCUGUCGCCAAUGGAACAGACAUUAUCGCAUCUGGAGCAGCUGAUGGCACGGUUCGGAUUUGGAGAAUGAAUGCACAAAACGAGUCUAAGUGUGAGCUGCUCGAAACGAUAACCAUGACGCCUCGGUUCUUCCCUCUGUGUUUGUCGUUGCAGGGACUCGAAGCGGACUCGGAUAAGCCGCUGGUAUUGGCCGUUGCGGGUACGACGACCAAGGUUCACAUAUACGUCUCAGAGACAUCAAUCGCCAAACCGGAAUUCAAGCGCUGCGCUGUGCUCUCGGGUCAUGAAGCCUGGAUCAGGGCACUCUCGUUCACCCAGGACAAGCAGAGCAAGGGAGGUGAUAUCUUGUUAGCAUCUGCAAGUCAAGACAAGUACAUCCGUCUUUGGCGAUUGAGUCGGGGCGAAGCAAGUGUGCCCGCUCCGAUAGAUGACUCAGAUCCUCUGCUUGGAGGCAUGGAACCUACACUAUCGAAUAAAGCCCACGAGUUGGAGGCUGCGGGUUCGAAGUACUCCAUUACGUUUGAAGCACUUCUAUUUGGACAUGAAGACUGGAUUUAUACGACGGUGUGGAAUCCCGAUCCCAAGCGGCAGCAGCUCCUAUCGGCAUCUGCCGAUAAUACCAUCACGAUUUGGGAACAAGACCAGGCAUCAGGUGUCUGGAUGUCUGUAGAGAGAAUGGGAGAGAUCAGUGUGCAGAAAGGAUCUACCACUGCAACCGGCAGUGCAGGUGGCUUCUGGAUCGGACUCUGGUCACCAGAUGGGAAGCAGGUGGUGUGCCUCGGCCGGACCGGUAGCUGGAGAGUCUGGCAACACAAUUCAGACAUGGAUCUUUGGGUACAGAAGUUCGGUGUAUCUGGUCAUGUACGCUCGGCGAAUGGCGUGCAAUGGGAGCCUACUGGAGGCUACCUGCUAUCUACCAGUUCAGACCAGACCACCCGGCUUCAUGCAAAUUGGUUGCGGGACAACACAAGCUCAUGGCAUGAAUUCUCUCGCCCUCAGAUUCAUGGUUACGAUCUGAACUGUGUCGAUACUCUGGGUCCUCUACAAUUUGUGACUGGCGCAGAGGAAAAGCUCUUGCGUGUGUUUAACGAGCCCAAACAGAUUGCUCAGUUGCUCGAGAGACUGACUGGGUUCAAGCAAUCGAAUGAGCAAGAACUUCCAGAUACAGCUGAAAUUCCGGUGCUGGGUCUAUCAAAUAAGGCACUUGGUGACGAGGCACCAGUGGAAGAGGGGGAGGAGAAAGCCCCAACUGAAACCGUAAACCCUUCGAUCUCACUGGCUGCCGAUCACCCGCCAUUGGAGGACCAGUUGUCGCGUUACACAUUGUGGCCAGAGCAUGAGAAGCUCUAUGGUCAUGGCUAUGAGAUCUCAGCAGCGGCAGUGAGCCAUGAUCGCAAGCUCAUUGCCACUGCCUGUAAAGCCAGCUCGAUUGACCAUGCGGUCAUUCGGCUCUAUGAUACAUCGGAUUGGCAUGAGAUCAAACCUUCAUUGACUGCUCAUUCUUUGACAAUUACGGACCUUUCAUUCUCGAGUGAUGAUCGCUAUAUUCUCAGCGUUGGACGAGAUCGCCAGUGGGCUGUCUUCCAGCGCAGUGAGGCGGACUCAACUACAUUCACCAACUUCGCCUCGAACCCCAAGGGUCACUCUCGGAUGAUCCUUGGCGCAGCCUGGGCCCCAGCCACAGCAGACUAUAUCUUUGCCACGGCAGGUCGUGACAAAUCUGUGAAGAUCUGGCAGAAAUCCGAAGACACGUUCGUCUGCAAAACGACCGUGGCGCUAACCUCUGCGGUCUCAGCCAUUGGCUUUUUACCCACCACAUACAAAGACUCCUACAUUCUCGCUGUUGGCGAGGACAACGGUGUCAUUUCUAUUCACCGAGUAUCUGUGAGCACCCUCGAAGCACAGCACAUUGUGACCGUCGACAAAGCGGUCUCGCCCUCCAAGACAAUUACUCGAUUGGCGUGGCGACCAGUGUCGGCUGCUGAGGCAGGUGUCCGGGAUCGGUUUGAAUUGGCCGUGGCAAGCGAAGAUACGUCCACACGUAUAUAUGCUAUCUCAAACAUGUUCUGA